GCUUUUAACCGGAAGUAGAAGCGACGGAAGUAUAUGGCGAGUUGAUGCGGCCGUUUAUCGAGUGCACUUACAAGACACUUUUAGGGGCGCUGGCUUCGUUUGAGGUACGAGGCAGAGUUACUUUCCACCGCCUCUGUUUUAUGACAGGCUUCCAGCCAUGUCUUCUGCGGUGGAUCUAAAGACGAAGGAAGAGAAGGAUGCUGAGCUCGACAAAAGGAUUGAAGCUCUACGGAAGAAGAAUGAAGCUUUGGUCAAGAGAUAUCAGGAAAUACAGGAAGAUAAGAAAAAGGCUGAGCAGGAGGGCAUCGCAGUGACAACACCUCGCAAACCGCGACCCCAUGAGCCUGAGUCAGAACGAAGAAAGACGGAGAAGGAAAAUUUGACAGUGACUGACGAUUCGUCCAAAGUGGUCGGGGAGAAACGUGUGGUGAAUGACAGAAAACCAACUAGUACCCGUGGUGAUGGUCCUGUAGAAGGAGAGUCCAGUCGGUCUCACGGUGAAAGCCCCCCCAACAGAACCGCCUCUGGUCGGCUGAGCAGAGGCUUCCACCGCGGGGGCAGAAGAGAACCUCGUCCGAACAGAGGUGAACCAUGGCCAGACAGGCAACCUCAGGAUGAUGAAGGCGGAGAUGGGCCUGUCUUUACAGAACGCACCCCCAGGGGAGGACGCAGAGGAGGAAGAGGCGGCGGAGGAGGAACGCAGGGAGGCUCGGACAGGAAAUCAAAAGAGUGGGAGGAGAAGAGAAGGCAGAACAUAGAGAAAAUGAAUGAAGAGAUGGAAAAGAUUGCAGAAUAUGAGAGCGGUCAACAGGCUGAUGGAGAGAAGAACCCUAUUAGGAACUUCCUGGAUGACCCGCGACGCAGUGGACCGGUCCCAGAGGCUGACCGCAAGGAGGGAAGCCGACGGCACAUGCGCAACUGGGGUGGAGUUGAAUUUGACAAUGUGAAGACAGGAGUCGAGGUUGAGAAAGAAUGGACGAAUCGUAGGCCAACUGGCAGAGGUUCAGCAGAUAUGACUCUGUCUAUGACGGGCCGUGAGAGAGCUGAGUAUCUGCGCUGGAAAAAGGAGCGUGAGCAGAUUGACGAGGAACGAUUGGCUCGUCACCGUAACGCCACCGGCCAGUGGAGACGAGAGUGGGACGCCCAGAAAACAGAUACAAUGUUUAAGGAGGACUCUCCAGCUGUGGCAGUAGAGGGAACACCAGAACAAAGCAACAGGAGAGCGUCUAGGGGGCGCAAUGCCCAUGUACAGCAACGCAGUGGACUUUCAGAAGACAGCAAGAGACCACCCAAGAUACCAUCCUUCGGGGACUUCUUGGGGCAGGGCAAACCCAGACAGGGAGGACGUGGCCGAGGGAAGGGUCGGGGUCAAGGCAAGAGCUACAGCAUGCAUGAUAAUCGCUGGGAUGGAGAACAUGAAGAGGAGAAAGGGAGGAAAGAGGAACACGAAAAGGAGAAGGGGGAGAAAGAUAAAGAUAAAGAGAAGGAAAACGAAGAGAAAGAUGAGAAGGUCAAAGCUCCAUCAUCAGAGAAGACAGAUGAUGGAGGACUUGCCGAAGACGAUGAAGAGGAAUGGGAAGAUGCCAGUGAUGGUGAGGAAGAGGAAGAGCUCGAAAAAACAGAGCAUGAGGAAGAAGACAAAGAAUGCCCAAAAGAUACUAAACCAACAGAAAAGUCAUCUACCUCUUCUGGACCAUCUACUCCUAGCCCAAAAGAACAGAGAACUCCCAGACCUAAAGUCCAUAUUCCCUCCCCACAAGAAGCUCUCAGCACACCUGAGGGUCCCAAACCUCUCAGUCCUUUCACUCCGCUGGACAGCCACCAGCCAGUGUCAGACUGGGGUGAGGAAAUGGAGAUGUGGUCUCCUAAAAGUAGUCUUGGCGAGAGCCCUCUGAGGCCCAGCAGUAGUGAAAACAGUCCAGCUCAGUCGAAGGCUGAAUGUAAUACGACUAGCAGCCCGAGCCAGGCAGAAGAGCCAGAAAAAAGUGAAAAUACAUCUACAGUGAUGGAAUCAACUACCUGUGAAACCCAACAAGAGGAAGUACCAGCUAAGUCCACAGAAAAUGCCACCUCAAACCAAGACACAGCAGAGGCAGCUGUGCCGCCCACCCCAGACAGCACCAGACAGAUGGAAGACAGUGAAGCCCCGGCUGUAGAGCCAGAUCAGAGCCAGGCCGAAUCAAAGACUAAUGAGGAAGUGACAGCGGACCAAUCAGAGCAAGCGUUCUCAGACUGAGGGCUAAGAGCACUAGCUGAAACUUCUCAGUGGUCUACAGUCCAUGAGAGGAGGUAAGCAGAGGCAAGAGAAGACAUGAGGUGGCGACUGGUGACUAAAUUAAUGGGGUUAAGAUCUUCCCAAACCUCACCACCAUUUCAUCUAAACUGCCCGCUGUAUUGUUUACUUAACCCUCGUUGGUUGGGGCUAUGCUGUUGUCAAGCUGUGCUUCUCUUUCUUGGAUCAGUAUCCAGGACCGACAUUUACCUUGGGAUUAAUCAGUAAAGUAUGCUGUACUCAGACCAUGAGAUGAAGGUUUUUAACAUGGAGAGGUGUAAGUGCCUGCGCUUAUCAACAUUAUUGAUUAUUUUUGGCCCAGCCCACCUAGAUCACAAAAAUAUGAAUCUUUUGUAGUGAAUUAUUGAUUCAAUCGACACAAUAUUUGAGCACAAAAUUGAACUCUUCUGCAUAGUUGAUCAGCAUAAAUUGUACUGCUGUCUAUGUCUAAAAAGUCAUGCUUAACUUGAAUUGUAAUCCCUUGGUAAACUAGGGCAUUUAAAAAAAAAUUCAGGUGUACUACUUUUUCAGUUAAUAUUAUAUACAUGUAUAGAUGUUGAUUUUGCCAUAAAUGAUUGGUGCCCUAGUUAUGAACACAUGCACUGACCAAAGAUCAUGAUGCGUUUGAAUUAGAAUUAAAGGGAUAGUUUACUCUAAAAUGAAAAUUCUGUCAUCUCAGUUCCAAACCUGUCUAAAUUUCUUUGUUCUGUUAAACACAAGGGAAGAUAUUUUGGAAGAAUGUCAGUAACC